AUGCCACCACGACCUUCACCACCCUUGCACGGCACCACUGACGACGACGAGUACGACCCCGUCGCCUUCCAGGCCGACCUCGACCAGUCUGUCCUCGAAACUCGCUCCCUCGUCGCCUCGUGGAUCCCGGCCAACCUCGGCGACGACUGGAACGACGGUGGCUUCUCGGCAAAGCAGGGCAACGACGGCCUCCAGUCGCUCAAGGACCGCGCCAGGCCUCCCAGGCUCGGCCUCGGCGCCCAACCCGCCUCGCUCCACAAGCAGCUCGCCGAGGACCGCAAGAUCGCCUCGCGCCUCCUCCGCGGCCGCAACCUCGCCCUCGGCGACGAGGGCUCCAACGUCGCGCCCACCACCACCUCCGCGACGGGCGCACCGGGCGGCGAUGACGGCGCGAGCAGCAGCAGCGAUGACGACGAGGACAGUCGCUCGCGCGCCGUCGGCAAGGGCAAGGCCCGCGCACCCCCCGCGUCGAGCAACCCGUUCGUCCUGCCCUCGACCUCGACUGCGACCUCGAACAAGCUCAAGUCGAACGGCACACCGCACAAGGCGCCCCGACCGCUCUUCAACGACCCGUCGCCCGCUAAACCCUCCCCUUCCACCUCGACCUCGACCUCGGCCGGCAGCCUCAUGACCCCAAUCGCCGCCUCGUCCUCCUUCUACACCCCGCCCGCGAUCACCGCCUCGACCUCGGCACCGAGCGGCGCAGCCGGCCUCACCAAGAACCAGCGCAAAAAGGAGCGCGAGCGGCUCAAGCGCGACGAGGAGCGGCGCCGGCGCGAGGACGAGAGCCGCUCGGCGACACUCGCCGAGUUGAGCGGCGUCGAGGGUUCAGGUGCGGCGCAGGGCAAGAAGCGGGCGCGAGGGGAGGACGAGAUCGAGCCGGUGGGCGAGGACGAGGACGGGGCAGGCCUGGACGAGGAGGACGAGGCGCGGUCGCGGCCUGCGAGCCCGGCCAAGGCGCACGGCGCAGCAGCGGCAGCAGGCGAGGGCGGUGACGCGAGCCCGAAGAAGCGGCGCAAGAAGAAGAAGCGCAAGGGCGGCGAGGGUGCGGGCGCGGGAGCAGCAGGCGAGGGUGCGACGGCGCCGCCGCUGCUCAACCUCGCGCCGAUCGAGGCGUAG